AUGUCUACAUUCAUCGCAGACGUGUUCGGUGAAUCGGGUAUGAAAAAGAUUGCGUUUGCCCCAGAGCAAGACUGGAAACGACUUCGUGUCGCGAGCAAGUCAUAUCCGUCGUCGUCCUCGAGCCCUCUACCCGGCUGUUUUCAGGACGCCAACGUCAUCGACUUGCAAGGCGAUGUCAUGAACUCGUUGGCUUCCAUCGUUUCCGAAACGCUCGGAUACGCGCUCGAUAAGCGCUGUCAGCGAAGCAACUGGGAUGCCAGACCACUCGCGCAAGCCCAGAUCACUUACGCUGCGCUCGAUGCGGAAGUUCUGCUAGAUAUUGCGAGUAGAUUGGGAAUUAUCGCCGGAGUGUCUCAUCGUUCGAAUCUCUAUCCCGAUGCACAUCUCUAUGCGAGCGAUUCGGCGCUUUUUCGCGACGGAACACCACGUUUUGGCGCCGACUUGACCGCGACGGAUUCGAAUCUAUUUGCCGCUGACGCGCGACAAUUCGGAGCGAAUCUUUGGGAGAGCGACCGACUUUUGUACACUACUGCUGAAGACGUCGAGCGUGAUCGCAGAGACACGACGUUACGAGAGAUCGCAAAGCGCGCGUACGUCGCUGACAAAGACGUGGAAUGUACUACGUGCGCCAUUUGCUUGAACGAAUGUCGAACGAAUGAAAAAUUGAUUCGCACAGACUGCUCGCACAUAUUCCACGCCUCGUGCUUACUCUGUUCUCUUCGAAAUGCAUUACGAUGCCCGACGUGUCGAGCAUCCAUAGACGUGUUGACCUAG